AGGGCUUAGUCUUCAGCCUAUGUUUUCCCAUCCUAAUGAGUGAAUCAUUGUAAGAAGCCCCAGCAUUCCGAGGCUAGACUAAUUAAUUUUGAUUAUGGAAGAGAAGGCUCCUCCUGGUGAUGGUAAUUCGACGAGGGUUUCAUCGUUGUUCGCCAAAAAGGGUGACCGCCAAAUUUUUACGGUGGAGCUCCGGCCUGGAGAGACCACCAUAGUCUCAUGGAAAAAGCUGAUGAAAGACGCUAACAAGGUUAAUGGAUCCACUUCGGCUCCCGAAUGUCCCGCCAAUGCACACCCCGCGCUGGAGUCAAGAAUCGCUCCUGGUCCCGCUGCUGAAAACAAAGUAACAGAUGCUUCCCAGCCAAACCGUUUCAGCGCUGUAAUAGAGAAGAUUGAGCGUCUUUACAUGGGUAAGGACAGUAGUGAUGAGGAAGAUCUACUUGAUGUUCCUGAUGAUGAUCAGUAUGAUACUGAAGACUCUUUCAUUGAUGAUGCUGAGCUGGACGAAUAUUUUGAGGUUGAUAAUUCGGUAAUUAGACAUGAUGGCUUCUUUGUCAACAGGGGGAUGUUGGAACGCAUAAGUGAACCAUCAGUAUCAGCUAAGCAGCACCCAAAAAAAAGGCGCAAAAAAGAUGAGUUGAAGAAUCCUGAUGAAAGUUAUCAAGGUCAAGGAUCUAAUAAACAUGUAAAACUGGGCAGGGCAGCAACUGGAAAAACGGCUAUGUUACCAUUGAAGAAUAUGUCUAAUUCCUCACAGAAUCUGGUUGGACCUAGUGAAAAUUAUGAGGAAUCAAAAGGUCGGAAUCAAUUGGAUGUCCUGGGAAUCAGUUCAAAAAAGAAAACUGCUGAUACUAAACCAGUAUUGGAUUCUUCUGUCUGUUUGAAAGUGUCUUGUGAUGAUGGUCCUACUUCUGUGACUGAAGCAAAGAAUGUUGAUAAACAGAGCGCAGGAGUCCCUCAAAUAAAGAACAUGAGCAACAAGCACAAUGAUGCAAGUACAUCAUCUGAUGCUUCCCAACAGAAGUACCGUGAAAAAAGUGCUGGUGCACAAUCCAAAUCCCAAGCUGGAAGACCCUCUAGCAAUACCAAUGAUUUAGAAGGUGCAUGUCGGUCCAAAGAGAAAAAUAGGAUGUGUGAAUUACCAGAUCUUAACUUUUCUGAGGCCAAGUAUCCUAUGCAAAAAGCAAAAUCACAUUAUAUUCACAAGAAAGAUGGUUCUAGUGUGAGGCCAAAAAUUUCAGUUCUUGAAAAGGCAAUUAGAGAGUUAGAGAAGAUGGUUGUAGAGUCAAGGCCACCUGCAGGGGAAAGCCAGGAGGCUGAUACUGUAUCCCAGGCAGUCAAAAGGAGGCUUCCUGGAGAAAUAAAGCUAAAGCUGGAUAAAGUUGCUAGAAUAGCGGCAAGCCAUGGGAAAGUAUCAAAGGAUUUAAUCAACCGUCUAAUGAGCAUAUUGGGGCACCUGAUUCAGCUUAGAACACUGAAGAGACAUUUAAAAGUGAUGAUAAGUAUGAGCUUGUCAGCAAAGCAGGAGAAAGAUAGUAGGUUUCAGCAGAUAAAGAAGGAAGUUGUUGAAAUGAUUAAGGUGCAAGGCUCCUCACUACUGUCCAAGCUACAGCAACAAGGUGGAGCAUCUGGUAUUGGUCAAGAAUUUGGUCCUGAUGAAAAAGCCUCAACUGCAAGGAAGCUUAGCAUGGACGCUGCACUGGAGGAUAAGAUUUGUGAUCUCUAUGACCUUUUUGUCGAUGGGUUGGAUGAAGGUGCAGGUCCACAAAUCAGAAAAUUUUAUGCUGAGCUUGCACAAUUAUGGCCAAAUGGCUGCAUGGACAACCAUGAGAUCAAACAUGCAAUUUCUAGAGCAAAAGAGAGGCGCAAAGCAUUGUACAACAGGCAUAAGGAUCAGGACAAAGUUAAGAGGAAAAAAUUUUUGGGAGGUAGGCAGGAGGAGAAUCUUCGAUAUGAUGCCUCGCAUCAGAACAUGGGAGAGAGACUGGCUCCAGAAUCUGGCAGUCAUGCUUUUACUUCAGCGAACAGACAAGUUUCUAAUACAAUCACCACUGCCCGGGCUCCCAGUUCUUCCAUGAAUGGUCCUAAACAAGAGAAAGUCAAAGGAGGUUCGAGUAAUCCCCGUGAUAAUGUCAGGACAGCAGAUGCUGUUUUAAGAAAGAAGGUAAAGAGAAAAGCUGAACUGGAAUCGGAAGGACCUCAUAUCCGUCCAGAAAAGCUGGGUUCUUUGUUGGGAGAAGAAAGGCCUAAGCUGCUAAAGCAGUCAGCAGGUCUUCCCCUUGAAUCAAACUUUCAGCUGACAUCUAUUCCAAAUCUUGAACAGUCAACGUGACAUCAACUCGGAGGCUUAGGCAGAAAAAUGUCUGUGUAUUGCGCUUUCAUUCUUUUCUUUUUUUUUUGUUUUUGGUUCUCAAUUUCCCAUCGUCAGCGAGUUAUAUGUUAAUGAUUGUCUCCUUUUUGUAAUUAAUGUCCGUGCAAGGUUCUAGGGCGUG